GCCGGCCGGUUGCGGGGAAGGCCCGGGCCGGGGGCAUGGGUCGGACCCAGGGUGUGGGGCGAGCGGUGUCCCCCGGCCGCCCCCCUGCAGAGUAUCUGGCCGCCGACAGGAGCUGAGUCUUUCUCCCCCUCCCCGGGCAGGUGCCCCCAUGGCCGGCGAGCUGCGGUGCCAGUGCCUGCAGACCGAGACGGGGGUGAUCCACCCCAAGCACAUCGCCAACGUGGAGCUGAUCCCCGAGGGACCCCACUGCGGGGUGCCAGAAGUCAUAGCCACCACGAAGGAAGGCAUGAAAGUCUGUCUGGAGCCCACCGCGCCCUGGGUCAAGCUGAUCGUCACCAAGAUCCUGAACAGGUACGUGCCCGGGGUGUGUGGCUGUUUGUGUUGUGCCAGCGGCCCGUGGGUGCAGCUCUAACGCCCGUUGUCCCGUGUCAUGGGAGCGUGGGCAGCAGACUCGGUCUGAAGCCGGUGUCCGUGUGGCAGGGACAAGGGGCGAGAUGGGCCACUGAGUCUUAACCGGUGGAUACUUCUCAUUACAAACCGCGGGGCCAAGCUGGGCCAAUCCGUCCAGCUCCAUUAUAGGGGGAGAAACUAAGCCCAGGUGUCAUGUAGGAAAACGAGUUUAAAUAAGUGUCUGUUCUCUUCGCCAUGAACCCGGGCUGCUACCCGUGCCUGGUGGGGUCCCUGCCACUAAAUGCCAUUGAUGAGAUGUAUCAGCGCUGUCCCUAUUCCUUGGGACACACACAGCGCCCACGGAGG